UUCCAUUUCGAGCAGCGCCAGCGAGGAAUGGGUUUGCCUUCCUCCAUAAAUGGUGCCCGCACCGUAAUGGGCUCGCUCACCUGCCGCUGCGUGCUCACUCGCCUGGCCCACCGCUAUGCUUCGUUCUUCGCUUCACCGAGCCUCCGACGCCCGGGCAUGGCGGCGCCUGGCCGCCUCCGUCGGUGUCCUUCACCUCUCCACUGCCGCACAAGCAUCGGCGACCCACGGCGCGCAUCCUCCGAGGGUCCGGAAUCUCAUCGGCGGAGCGUUUGUGGAGUCCCAAUCCAAAGAUUGGAUUGAUGUUGUCAACCCUGCAACACAAGAAGUAGUUUCUAGGGUUCCGAUGACCACUGAUGAAGAGUUCAAAGCAGCAGUGAAUGCAGCCAAAGGGGCUUUUCCACAUUGGAGAAAUACACCAGUAACUGCUCGACAGCGGAUCAUGCUGAAGCUUCAGGAGCUUAUCCGAAGAGAUAUGGAUAAACUUGCCUUGAAUAUCACAACUGAACAGGGGAAGACUCUGAAAGAUGCUCAGGGUGAUGUUUUCCGUGGUCUAGAGGUGGUGGAGCAUGCUUGUGGAAUGGCAACAUUGCAGAUGGGUGAAUACAUCUCCAAUGUCUCAAAUGGCAUUGACACAUAUAGCAUUAGAGAACCACUUGGUGUGUGUGCUGGGAUAUGUCCAUUCAAUUUCCCAGCUAUGAUUCCCCUAUGGAUGUUUCCAAUGUCUGUUACUUGUGGAAAUACUUUUGUUUUAAAGCCGUCAGAGAAAGAUCCAGGGGCUUCAAUGAUGCUUGCUGAGCUAGCGAUUGAGGCAGGGUUACCAGAUGGUGUCUUAAACAUUGUUCACGGAACCAAUGAUGUUGUGAACAACAUUUGUGAUGAUGACGACAUCAAAGCUAUAUCAUUUGUUGGAUCAAACACAGCUGGCAUGCACAUAUAUGCUAGGGCAGCUGCAAAAGGAAAACGGGUUCAGUCAAACAUGGGUGCAAAAAAUCAUGCAAUUAUCAUGCCUGAUGCCAGUCCAGAUGCAACUUUGAAUUCUUUGAUUGCUGCUGGAUUUGGUGCUGCAGGUCAAAGGUGCAUGGCACUGAGCACUGCUGUGUUUGUUGGAGGCUCAAAAUCAUGGGAGGAUGAACUAACUAGACGUGCCACAGAACUGAAGGUAAAUGCAGGAACUGAGCCAGGGACAGACCUUGGUCCUGUGAUCAGUCGACAGGCAAAGGAUCGCAUCAGCAAAUUGAUUCAAAGUGGCAUAGAAAGUGGUGCGAGGGUUGUGCUUGAUGGCAGAGGCAUUAUAGUUCCUGGUCAUGAGCAUGGAAACUUUGUUGGCCCUACCAUUUUAGCUGAUAUUACAGGGGACAUGGAGUGCUACAAGGAGGAGAUAUUUGGUCCAGUUCUCCUUUUGAUGACGGCUGACAACCUCGAUGAGGCUAUCCAAAUUGUGAAUAGUAACAAAUAUGGCAAUGGGGCAUCCAUAUUUACGACAUCAGGUGCUUCUGCAAGAAAAUUUCAAACUGAAAUUGAGGCUGGUCAGGUUGGCAUCAAUGUGCCGAUUCCUGUACCAUUGCCGUUCUUCUCAUUCACUGGCUCCAAGGCUUCUUUUGCUGGGGAUCUAAAUUUCUACGGCAAAGCUGGUGUGCAAUUCAAUACUCAGAUCAAGACCGUGACGCAGCAAUGGAAGGACACCUCCGGCCAAGGGAUCUCGCUAGCAAUGCCCACAUCUCAUAAAUCAUGAAUACACAUCUGCCCUUGCCAUUGUGACUCUUUUGACAGUGAAUUUAUUCGGACUUCUUUCCAAAAUAGUAAGAAUAAUGUUUUGUAGAUUGCUUCUGCUCCUAAACAAAAGUAAAGAUAUAUUUGGUGCUUUAUUUUCA